UAAUUUUGCCAAUAUCACAAACGCUUUCGCUCCCGUUUUCGCCGCUUUCUUUUCAUUUCAUUUCAGUCGCUGCUUGUUCUCUCCCACGGCGACGGGCGAGUCUCCUCUGUGUUGAGCCCCACGCAGCUACACGUGACGGCGAACAUCCUGCGCGACCUCAGUGACUGUAGGCCCCGACGACAGGCCACACCUGCAGUUCGAGCCCUCUCUCUUAGACGGUCGAAAGACCUACGGCGAUUAGUUCGUUACCGUUCGUUAGUUUCCCUCUGCCGCGGGGAACCUCUUCUUUCUUCUAGAUUAUCCGAGAAACAGCUCACUCGAAAACGGACUAAACGUGAUGAAACGCCCUGCUGGUGUUGAGAACUUGGCUGGUUCUUCGUCUUCUAAGCCCUUAGUUGCUGCUGUUGAUAACAAACCGGUCUUCUUGACUAAAGCUCAACGCGAGCAACUUGCUCUUCAACGACGCCAAGAAGAAAUUUCUCUUCAAAGACGCCGCCAAGACCAACUUCUCUCCAGUUCUCAGAAACCUUCUUAUGAUUCUGUUGACAACCACAAGCCUUCUGACUCUGAUCGUCGUGACCGUGAUCGAGGAAGAGACCGGGAAAGAGAUCGAGAUCGUGAUCGAGAACGAGAUAGGGCUCGUGAUCGGGAAAGAGAUCGUGAUCGGGAUUUGGAGCGACGGAAUCGUGAGAAGGAGCGUGAAGAAGAGGCCAAAGCUCGAGAGCAUACCCGCUUAGAGAAACUUGCUGAGCGGGAGCGUGAUAAAGAGUUGGAUGCUAUUAAAGAACAAUAUCUUGGCUCUAAGAAGCCUAAGAAACGUGUUAUUAAACCAAGUGAGAAAUUCCGCUUCUCAUUUGAUUGGGAAAAUACUGAGGAUACUUCUCGAGACAUGAAUUUACUAUACCAAAAUCCUCACGAGGCCCAACUUUUGUUUGGAAGAGGGUUCCGUGCUGGCAUGGACAGACGUGAGCAGAAGAAGCUUGCAGCUAAGAAUGAGAAGGAGAUGAGGGAGGAGAUACGAAAGAAAGAUGGUGUGGAGGAAAAACCAGAGGAGGCUGCAGCUCAAAAACUUAAGGAAAAAGCUGCUGAUUUGUAUGACUCAUUUGAUAUGAGAGUCGAUCGGCACUGGAGCGAAAAGAAGCUAGAGGAAAUGACUGAGAGGGAUUGGAGAAUUUUUAGGGAGGACUUCAAUAUAUCCUAUAAGGGAUCCAGGAUCCCUCGCCCCAUGAGAAGUUGGAAUGAGAGUAAGUUGACGACGGAACUUCUUAAGGCAGUAGAAAGGGCUGGUUAUAAGACGCCUUCCCCCAUUCAGAUGGCUGCCAUUCCGUUGGGUUUACAACAACGUGAUGUUAUUGGGAUUGCCGAGACUGGGUCUGGUAAGACUGCUGCCUUUGUUCUUCCCAUGCUUGCUUAUAUUACAAGGUUGCCUCCCAUAAACGAAGAGAAUGAGGCUGAAGGGCCUUAUGCAGUAGUAAUGGCUCCCACUCGUGAACUUGCUCAGCAGAUCGAGGAUGAAACUGUGAAGUUUUCUCAUUAUUUGGGUAUUAAAGUGGUUUCAAUUGUUGGAGGUCAAUCGAUUGAGGAGCAAGGAUUUAAGAUUAGGCAGGGUUGUGAGGUUGUCAUUGCCACUCCAGGUCGUUUGCUGGAUUGUUUGGAGAGGCGUUAUGCGGUACUUAAUCAAUGUAAUUAUGUUGUUCUGGAUGAAGCUGAUAGGAUGAUAGAUAUGGGAUUCGAGCCUCAAGUUAUGGGUGUUUUAGAUGCAAUGCCUUCAAGCAAUCUUAAACCUGAAAACGAGGAUGAGGAGCUUGAUGAGAAGAAAAUAUAUCGAACUACAUAUAUGUUUAGUGCUACCAUGCCCCCUGCUGUGGAGAGGCUCGCUCGAAAAUAUCUAAGAAAUCCUGUUGUUGUUAACAUUGGAACUGCUGGAAAGGCAACUGACCUAAUAUCUCAACAUGUUAUUAUGAUGAAGGAAUCAGAGAAAUUUUAUAGAUUGCAGAAUUUGCUUGAUAACCUGGGUGACAAAACAGCUAUUGUUUUUGUUAACACCAAAAAGAAUGCUGAUAAUGUUGCAAAAAAUUUGGACAAGGCAGGGUAUCGUGUAACAACUUUGCAUGGUGGGAAGUCACAAGAGCAAAGGGAAAUUAGUCUGGAAGGGUUUAGAACGAAGAGAUAUAAUGUUCUCGUUGCCACAGAUGUUGCUGGUCGUGGGAUUGAUAUUCCUGAUGUUGCUCAUGUCAUAAAUUAUGAUAUGCCCAGUAACAUUGAAAUGUAUACACAUCGUAUUGGACGUACUGGCCGUGCAGGGAAAACGGGUGUGGCCACAACGUUCUUGACUUUACAGGAUACUGAUGUCUUUUAUGAUCUCAAGCAAAUGCUUAUCCAAAGCAAUAGUCCUGUGCCUCCUGAAUUGGCAAGGCAUGAGGCGUCUAAGUUCAAGCCUGGGAGUAUUCCUGAUAGACCUCCUCGGCGUAAUGAAACUCUUUUUGCACAUUAAAAAGGCAUGUUUCUGAAGACAUUUACAUGGUUAUAGUUGCUGUAUUGACUACCCAGGCCGUAUGCCCAUGGGUGCAGGAUUCUUCGAAAAAGCGCGGGCUGACUCGGAGACCUCAUGCUGUACUUUAUCGUUAGUAAAUUUUCUUGUCAUUUGUAAUCCUAAGAUGUUCUUGGCGUAAGACCAACUACUUGAGUCUUGCUUUCAUCUCGUUGAUUAGAUUCACCUAUCAGGAUUUCUACCCAGUUUCAUCAUGGGUUGCUGUGCUGAAAAUUACAGAUUUAUUAAAUAGUAAAACAGCUGGACUGAUUUAGGGUAUUUUGUGUA